AUUACUGUCUCCUACCACAGGAUAUGGGUACAGCUCCAGCCUCCGGAGCAGAGGACUUCCAGAUCCUGCUGUAUUAUGACGCAGCUAAAGACCUGUGCUACCCCUUCAAGUACCUGGGGGAGGGGGGCAACGCUAACCGCUUCCCCCUGGAGAGGGUCUGUAUGAGGAACUGUUCAGCCAAGGCAGAGGAGAUCUAUCCCGUGGAUGAGACAAAAGCCUGCCACUUCAAGAAGGCUCUGGGUGAAUGCUUCGGCACCUACCUGCGUUAUUACUACGACCCCAUCCAUCAGAAGUGUAAGAAGUUCCACUGGACUGGCUGUGUGGGAAACGGGAACAGGUUCAUCGACCAUCAGGCCUGCAAUGCCACCUGUGCUGGGAUUCAUGAUGAGGGUACUGAAGUUGAGGAGGAUGAGCCCGAUACUCCUGUUGCCCUGAUUCUAGGAGUGGUAUUUGGGAUCACUGGAGUAAUACUCAUCAUAGUCAUUGUUGUCCUGGCCAUACAGAGCAAGUAA